UUAUUAUAUAUAUUAUAUAUAUUUCUUUCUUUUUAUUUUUUUUUUAUUGUGUAUAUACAUAUGAUGAACCAAUUUGGAUCUAUUGAACUUUCUUAUCCAUCACCUAGUCAAUGGGAUGAAUUGAUGAUGUCUUCAAAUACUACUACUUCAAGUUAUAGUGAACUUUUGACGGCUCCUUAUUAUCCUAGUCCUGAUGUUUCGCCAUGUAUGACAGAUUAUGGUUAUACUGGUUAUCCUUCUUCUUAUUCUUCUCCUUGUUUAUCUUCAACAUCGCCUGAUUCUUUUUCUUCUUAUGGUGGUUCCAUGACAACAAUGAUGCCUCCCAAGGAUAAUCAGAUUAUGAUGAUUGCUCCUUUACAAGAUUUAUCUGUGAUACCUCCUUCUAUGGAUUUAUUGGAUCAAUUUAUUCAACAUCAUGAAUAUAUCUUAUCAUCAACUUCCUGUAAUGAUUAUAUGAUUCAAAAUGAUACAGAAAAAUCAAAGAAUGUAUCUACUGGUGCUAUACGACGUGGACGUACUCAGCAAAAAACAACCAAAAGGAAACGACUUAGCAAGGAUGGGGAUCAUGACAAUAUGCCAAUUCAAUACAAUUGUCAACAUCCAGGAUGCGGUAAAACAUUCAAUCGACCUUACAAUUUGCAAUCACAUAUGCGUACACAUACAACCGAACGUCCUUUUGGAUGUAGUAGCUGUGGUCGUCGAUUUGCUCGACAACAUGAUCGUAAUCGACAUGAGAAAUUACACUGGGGAAUCAAGCCUUAUGCCUGUAGCCGAUGUCAUAAGACUUUUGCAAGAAUGGAUGCUUUGAAUCGACAUCUCAAGGUGGAAAAUGGAUGUAUGGGUGCUACUGAUCUUGUUGGAGUUACUCUAUAGACCAAGUUAGAUAACAACUUUCUUAUAUAUAUAUAUAUAUAUAUUUAUACGCUACCACUUCUUUUUUUAUACCCCACCUUUUUUUUUUGAUAGUAGACUUUUUUUUUCCUUUUUUUUUUUUCUUAUUUGUAUUAUUGUAUUUUAUGUUUAUUAUGCUUUAUAUAUUUACUUUCCCUUAUAUAUAUAUAUAUAUACACUUCCUUUUUGUAAAUACAUUCAUUUUAUCUUAUCAUACUUAUUGUUUAUGUUUCCAAAAUAAAACAUCGUUCAAAACCUUAUAUGACCUGAUCUUUUUUUACACAUCAAAAAAUAAACCUGAAACAACUCUCUCUUUAUGGAGUGGCG